GGAAGAAAUGUAGUCCGUCCAAUCACAGUAAACGCAUCUUUCCCACGUGACACUUUAUAAACAUUGUGGGAAGCGAACACGAUGUCAGUGAACAGCUGUGUUACGUCUAUCCGGCUUGAUUCCCUCAAGCAAGCUGAUAAACCACAGAUCCACCUGUUACCUUGUGAAAUAGAGCAUGAUGGACCUGCUGAAGUCUUCAAGUUCUUUAAUCCCACUGUGAAGGAACACAAACACGAAACAACAGUGUCAUUCAGAGGUCGAGGGCUGAAGGGUCAGGAAUUGCAUUGUCCACAAGGAUAUACAGGACUAGUGCUGAAAGAGGUCCAAAAGCCUGCAUCCGAUCAAGAGGAUAGAAUAGUUAAAGUUUCUUCAGUGUUCCAUAAUUUCACAUACUGGAACUUGGAGACACCACCCACAUCUGAUGAUGGAGUUGUGAUGGCUAUGGCAUGGCCUCAGCUCGCAGAAGCGAUGCACAGACCAGUAGACGAAUGAUAAUGGACUUUUUUUAUUAUUGUGGAUACCUGCUUCUUUUCAAGUACAUUGUUACAGUAAAACCAAUGUGAAAAUGAUUCUUUUCUGGAAGUCAGAACAGCUAACUCGCUGGGAUGUGAGUACCAAACUGAUAUUGACCAAACUCGCUACCAAACUGAUAUUGAAGUAUGAAUGUCAUAAUGUAAUAUGACUAACUAUUAAAAUUUUGUUUUAUUGUUUACCUUGUGCAAGCUUUUACUUUCGCCAUAUAUUUGUCCAUUAUUUACCAGUAAGUAAUACUUUUUGAUCUGAUAUACCCUACCAUUUUAAAUUUUGGAGUCAUUGAGAUGUUUUUUACAUUUCUGAUUAAAGUCUCUUAUGCUCA